UUCAAUUGGUUAUUGGCGACGUCACUUACUUUAAUGACGCUUAAAGAACGUGGUUUUGUUUAUUUAAUGUUACAUUUUUGAGUCAACGUAUUGAGUAGUAAUCUAAUGUGGAUACGACGCUGAUUCUAUUUAUUUUAAUACAUUUUUUCGAAAGGCUGAGAUGGCUUCAAGUUUCAGAAAACCAAACUUUGCAGGAAACCAGAGGAAGAAAGCAACCAAUAAACCAGAUCUAACUGAGGAACAAAAACAAGAAAUUCGGGAAGCUUUUGAUCUGUUUGAUACUGAAGGUACAGGUACCAUUGAUGUGAAGGAACUCAAGGUUGCAAUGCGUGCACUAGGCUUUGAACCUAAGAAAGAGGAAAUUAAGAAAAUGAUUGCUGAUGUUGAUAAGGAAGGAUCUGGUACAAUUGAUUUUAAUGACUUUCUUUCCAUGAUGACGCAGAAAAUGAGUGAAAAAGACACAAAAGAAGAAAUUCUCAAAGCCUUUAAAUUGUUUGAUGAUGAUGGAACUGGGAAGAUAUCUUUUAAGAACUUGAAGAGAGUUGCUAAGGAACUUGGGGAAAAUUUGACUGAUGAAGAAUUGCAAGAAAUGAUUGAUGAAGCUGAUAGAGAUGGAGAUGGAGAGAUAAAUGAACAAGAAUUUUUAAGAAUCAUGAAGAAAACAAGUUUGUAUUGAUUAAAAUGAGUGUGUAGGUAAAGGUAGUAUUUAUAGCACAUAUAGUUUUGUUGAAUAGAUGUUUAUUUAUCUUUACUGUUUCUGAUAUUCUUUGAUAUGUUUGUGUUUAAAACUGUACAAACAGUAUCUUGCCAACUUAGCAAGUGUAAAUUAAAUUUGUAUUUUUGUAAUGCAUUAGGAAAACAAAACUUAGACUUGUUAUAAGUUCUUUG